UCUCUUGGUGUAGAGAGUGAGGUCAGACAUAAUGGCAACUUCAGCAAGUAGAGGAGCUCAGACGGUGAACUCCAUGUAUUUCAAACCAACGCUGCGGAAAGCCUUCCACAGAAAAAGCAGUCCACCGGAAACGGCUAAGUUGAAUGGGGAGGAAAUGAAGAAGAAGAAGAAGAAGAAGAGUAGUGUGGCUGGAAAUAAUCAUGACGGAAAUUGGUGGGUUCCAGAUGAUCGAACUGGAAUAUUUUAUCCUAAAGGCCAAGAAAAAGUCAUGGAAGAUGUUCCGUCCGGGGCAGCAAAGGAUAUUGAAGCUAUUAAUUGGUUCCAUAAUCAUGAUUUACAAUGAGAUUUAUGUUCAGCGGCGCGUGAAAGAAUUUAUUUGUAAUUCUUGCAGAUUUAUUAUUAUUUCUGUUCUCAAUAAAAUGUUUCCUCGUGUGGUUAAGGUUA